AUGGCCGAAAAUCAAAAUGCCUAUUACUUUUCAGGCGGUGACGGAAAUGGCACACAACCUCGCCCUACUUUACCCAGAACUAGAUCUGUCGUUGGACCGAGACCACUUCCUGGUGGUUCCAACAGCUAUUCAAAGGAAUCGAGAGAUGCUUCUUACCAACAACAAAAACAAUAUAUUUUUGGUAAUGUUUCUGAAUAUGAUCCUGCUCCAGUUCAAAACUAUACCCCACAAAAUUUUAUACCUCCUCAACAAUAUAGGUUAGAUCCUUCCGAUCAACCUUUUCCACCUUUAGUUUCACCAAAACCACAAAAACCAAUACCUACUGUAACAAAGGACAUUUCGAAUGCUUUAGAAACGCAAUAUCCAGGUGUAAAUGAAUAUGAAAUACAAUAUAUUCCUACAACUUCUGACACUCCAAAAAGUUGGUAUAAAGGUGAUGAUGAAAAGUUGAAUUUAGCUUCGGAUCAAAAUCAAAGUCCUCAACCACAAAAUAACACAGAGUCGCGGUCAAAUAUUAUAAUCGUGUCUCAAGAAAGUCAAAUUUAUCAGUUACAUCAGGGCACAAAAGAAUUACCUUCCCAAGAUAAUCAUGGUCCCCAUCAACAAAGUCAACAAUCAACUCCACCUUCUUCUAUACAUAAUACACCUAGACAAUCUUUAUCUCAGAGUGUAAAUAUCCAUCAACAGCAAACUCAAUAUCCAGGUCGUAAUUCACAGGAAACGGUACAAGGACAAUAUAUGCAGAUGAAGCAGCAGAAGUAUCCAAAUCAAAUUGGACAACAAACUAAUUAUAAUCAAAACAAUCAAGUCGGUUCAGAGCCAUCAAAUCAAAUGAAUUCGUCAACGCAAACUUCUACAUCUCUUCAACGGUUUUCAACUAAUAAUGAUCAUUCAAUGUCAAAUUCACCUAUAUCGCCAAUCCAAAAUCCUUGGAAUUCUCAAGGUCAAUUAUCUAUGCCUGAAUAUCGUCAAGGUUCACCAAAUAAUUAUCAAAGUUCAUCAUCAUCAGGUUUUCCUCGUCAGCCAUCUCCUGGUGCCGUCUCAGUUGGCCCGGAUGGAGCUUCAAUACCAUCUUCCUUAUCUGGAGUAAAUCGAAGCGCCUGGGGCCAAAGAUCUCCUACACCGGAACGUGGAUCUUUAAAAUAUCAGCCAAACACAAAUAUACGUCUCUUGAUUGACGAUAAAAUCGAGAGGCGAAUGACAAUGACUUCUAAUACUCUUGUAAAGGAUGAAAAUGCGUUACAAAAGUACAGGGAAGCUGCCAAAAAGACAAAUGAUCCAAAUGUUCAACUUGAUUAUGCUAAAUUUCUCAUUAAUAUGAUAGAAUGUCAUGAUGCAUCUGUCGGGAAUAAAAACAAUGAACAAAUUAAUAAUAGUAAUCAGGAAAAUUAUAAUAAAUUAGUUGGGGAAAUAUGUUAUUGGAUUAAUUCUUUGGCAAGAAAAGAUAAUCCUGAAGCUAUGUAUAUAAAAGGUAAUUGGUAUGAAUACGGUAAAUUUGGUAAAGAGAUUAGUCAGGAUAAAGCUUUUAGAUUAUAUUUAUCUGCUUCGAAACAAGAUUUUCCAAAAGCAAUUUAUAAAGUUGCUCAACAUUAUGAAAAAAAUAAAGAUGUAAAGCGAGGAUUACAAUUCUAUAAGAAAUCUGCUUCAAAUGGAGAUGUUUCUGCUUUAUACCGGCUUGCUUUGAUUUACUUACUCGGUGACUUAAAAACAGAAACCGAUUAUAACCAAGCCUUAAUAUAUUUAAAAUCAGCAGCAACAAAAGCAAAUGAGGAUUGUCCAAAUGGUGCUUAUGUAUACGGAAUGAUAUUAGCUAGAGAAUGGGAUAAGGCUGAAAUACCGGAUCAAGUUGUUGCACCGGAUGAUCAUGAAGCGAAGGAAUAUAUUCAAAGAGCUGCCAAUUUGGGAUAUGUUCCCGCAUUGUACAAGAUGGGACAUUGCUAUGAAUAUGCUACUUUAGGUUGUCAAUUUGAUCCAAUACUUUCUGUUUCAUAUUAUAAGCGAGCUGCAGAAAAGGGGGAUGUUGAAGCAGAUAUGGCUUUAAGCAAAUGGUAUUUAUGUGGUGCGGAAGGUUACUUUGAGCAAAAUGAAGCGUUGGCGUAUGAACAUGCCGAGAAAGCUGCGAACAAAGGUUUGGCUGCAGCAGAAUUUGCAAUGGGCUACUUCCAUGAUGUUGGUAUUCAUGUACCUGUUAAUCCAAAUCAAGCCAUUGCCUGGUAUGAAAAGGCAGCUGAACACGGAAAUGAGGACGCAAAACAAAGAUUGGCUCGAGGUGGUAGAAUUACACGGCUAGAUCACUUAAAUAAUCAAAAUAAAUUAAAAAAUGAACGUAAUGAAAAAGUAAUAAGGAUUGUGUCAUACAAUAAAUCUGUCCGAUAUGAUGGACCAAAAAACUUUUGA